UUGGGAUGGUCUGAUUGCUGUCGCGAUGGUGAUGGUGGGGUGGAGUUGCGGUCUAGAGAGGAGGGUUAUGACGCGGUGUUGUCGUGUCCCAGCUCUGUGCAAGCUCCCUACCGACCUUGAUGUUAUAUAACCUGACUCUUGCUCCCUGUGUUUGUGGGUUUCUUUUUCUAGUUUAUCAAAUACCGAUUUCAAUUCAAUCAAAUAACAUUCAUCAUGUCUUACAACAACGAGUACAACAACAGCAGCAAUGACGAGUACAGCAGUACUGGUCGCCAAGGUGGUUUCAACGAUAGAACCACUGGUUCCGGUGCUUACGGUGGCUCGGAUAACCUGAGCGGCUCAAACACCGGCCGUGACCAAUACAGCGAGUCCAACACUUAUGGUUCUGGCAACCGUGGUAGCUUGGGUAACGAUGACAUCGCUGAUCGUAGCGGUGGUACCGGUACCUUGGGUAGUGAUGAGUUCUCUGGAGGCAACACUUCCGGGUCUGGUCUUGGAAGAGAUGAAUACUCGAGCUCGUCGGGUAGAGAUAACUACGGCUCGUCAGGAAACACUGGUAGAGAUACCUUUGGCUCUUCCAACACCGAUAGAGACACUUAUGGUUCUUCCAACACCGAUAGAGACACUUAUGGCUCUUCCAAUACUGGUAACACCGGAUAUGGAUCUUCAAAAGGUGAUGACUACCAAUCUGCUGGUCUGACUAGCUCGAGUGGCAUUCACCAUAACACUUCUGCUGGUGACCGCAUUGGCGAUGACGACUUGAAGCCAAGCCAUGGUACCGAGAGAGAUACACACCACAGCACUGGUGGAAACUACUCUUCAACCGACGACAAUUUCGGCUCAGGCACCACAAGCGGUGCCGGCUACGGCAACAAGUCGACCUCUGGCCGCGACGACUACGAUUCCAGCAAUACUCGCUUCGGCUCUUCCAACGAGACCGGUGCCUACUCUGGCAGCACAGACUUUGGCUCUGGCACUACCGGUGGAGCUGGUUACGGCAACAAGUCGACUUCUGGCCGUGACGAGUUUGGAGACUCUAGCGAUACUCGCUUUGGCUCUUCGGGUGAGACUGGUGCUUACUCUGGUAGCAAUGAGUAUGGCAGCGGUUCUACCAGUGGUGCCGGAUAUGGCAACAAGUCGCAUGCUGUCUCUGAGCAUGACAACAAGGAGAAGUCUGGCAAGUCAGACAGUACUAUGGGCAAGAUUUUCGAAGGGAUCGGUAAAAUGACCAAGAACGAGAAGAUGGUUGAGAAAGGUGAGGCCAAGAGAGAAGCUGCCGGUGCCAAUGUCCGCAGCGAGUACUAGGUUCCGGCCAGGACAUGAAGUUGUUUGAGAAAGCGAUAGCUUGGACGCAACCAGUACUAUAGGCGACCAGAGUUUAGUUUACGGCAUAACGAAUACCAAUUAUGAAUCUUGAUCGAAGCCUGUUUUCCAGAAUGAGUCCAGAUGCGCCAAGGGAGAGUUGAGCUCG